AUGAGCAGUACCAGCAAAAGUGAUCGAGAAGUGAUGAAGAAAGUACCGAGUCUACCUUCAUCACUACAUUCUUCUGAUGCUCCGUCUAUCAGGGAAUAUCCUCCAGAUCCGGCGGAAGCGGUAUACAUAGAAAGUAGGUUCACAGCUCGGAAGGGCGAACAGCUGUUCCAGGAAGUCGAGGAACUCCUGGGCACGACACAGCCGUCGCGUCCCUGCACUCUGGUGUGGCGUGACGUUUCAGUACAUGUCAAACUUAAAGAUGGAAAAUUGAAGAGACUUGUGAAUAAUGUGAGUGGCAUCGCUAAGCCUGGCACGCUCGUCGCUCUAAUGGGUCCAAGUGGCGCAGGCAAAACAACGUUGAUGUCUGCUCUAGCUUAUAGAAAUCCAGUGGGAACGGUCACAGACGGAGAUGUCGCAAUGAAUGGCAUGCCAGUGGGUGAUUUCAUGCACCAACAGAGCGGCUACAUGCACCAAGAUGAGCUCUUCGUGGAGAACCUUACAGUUAUCGAGCACCUAUCUAUUAUGGCUCGUCUCCGAAUGGACAGGCGUACGUCAUCACUCACGCGCAGGAGACGAGUAAACCAACUACUGAGGCAGCUGGGACUUUAUGGCUCUAGAUACACACGCAUCGGGGGGCUGGAGGGGCGUAACACUCUGUCUGGUGGGGAAAGAAAAAGACUGGCAUUUGCCACUGAGUUGUUGACAGACCCAGGACUAUUGUUCUGCGAUGAGCCAACGACAGGACUUGACUCAUCAUCGGCUCAGAAACUAAUGUCCCUUCUCCGAGCCAGUGCGGUUCAGGGCAAGACGGUCAUAUGUACCAUACACCAGCCGUCUUCCGAGUUAAUGGCCCUGUUUGAUAAAUUGGUGCUCCUCGCCGAGGGCAGAGUGGCAUUUGCGGGGAACGCAUCAGGUGCCCUCAGCUUUUUUGAAAGCCUAGGAUACCACUGUCCCAUUACGUACAACCCGACGGACUUCUUCAUCAAGGUCCUGGCCCUCACUCCCGGCUCGGAGGGCGCCUCUAGGCAGGCAAUCAAGAGCGUUUGUGAUAGGUUCGCGGUCAGCGACGCAGCCAAGGAGCUUGACAUGGAAAUACAUCUCGAGUUCCACCUAAUGGACCACGAGGCCGUGGAAUCGAGGAGGAAGAAGGAGGAUAGUUUCAAAUCACCAUUCUUUUUCACGAAGAUUAUGUGGCUUGUCUAUCGCUACUUGCUUGUUAUAUUAAGGGAUCCACGGGUACAGUUACUACGCAUCGGUCAGAAAUUGGCUAUAGCCCUUACUGCGGGGCUGUGCUUCAUAGGCACGGCGCGACUGACGCAGGCGGGCAUCCAGGACGUGCAGGGCGCCCUGUUCAUCAUCAUCGCCGAGAACACCUUCAGCCCCAUGUACUCAGUGCUCUACAUGUUCCCCGAGGAGUUUCCGAUGCUCACCAGGGAGCUGAAGGCCGGCCUGUACUCCACCCCCAUCUACUACUUGGCGAGGAUGAUUGCGCUGUUCCCCGGUCUGGUGAUAGAGCCUACGCUGUUUACACUGGUGGUGUACUACAUAGCCGGUCUCCGUGCCACCUUCUUCGCUUUCAGCUUCACCGUAUUGCUGUCCAUCAUCGUGCUCAACGUCGCCAUCGCCUGUGGUUCAUUCUUCUCGUGCGCGUUUGGCUCAAUGCCAAUCGCCAUCGCCUACCUAGUACCCUUUGACUACUCCUUGAUGUUGACGUCGGGACUGUUCGUCAAACUGAGAUCGAUACCGAAAUACAUAUCCUGGAUCCGGUAUUUGUCCUGGGUGAUGUAUUCUAACGAAGCGAUGAGCAUCCUUCAAUGGGACGGCGUUCAAAACAUAACUUGCAUGGCGUCCGACAAUAUGGCCGGCGCACCGUGCCUGAGCACCGGCGCCGAGGUCUUGGGCCUGUACGACUUCCGCAUCAACCAGUUCUGGGAGGACGUGGCUGCUCUGGUGGGCCUCUGUCUGGCCUUCCACUUGCUGGCCCUGGUCGCGCUGCGGUAUCGCACCAGGAGGAAG